CGAGAGACUCGAGGGUGGUGGGAGGAAAUUUGGUGGUGGGAGGUCAGCAAAUUGGGUAGGUUCGGUGAGGAGUAGAACAAGAGUGUUUCUUGGGGUUUGACUACUGGUCGUUUGUCCUUGUCUUUUUCAAACUGUUGCACUUGCUCUCACCCGCCCACGACUUUCAUCGUUUACUUCUCCAUCUUCUGGAAAAUCAAAUCCCGACCACUUUCCUAAAUUCCAAAUACGACCCAUUGAUUCCGCACCCAAAUGAUUCAAUCACCUCCAAUUUCCACAGAAAACCCACCAAAUUUGUUAUAAACCCACCACCUUGCUGCUCCUCCAAACCCAAAUCCCUAAUCCUCGCCUUCAUGGCCUCCCUUCUCUUCCUCUCUCUCCUCUCCCUCACUCUCUUCCUCUCCCUCACUCUCUUCCUCUCCCUCUCCUCCGCCUCACGCCACCACUCCAUCUCCCCCCAACCCCAGAUCCAGCUAGCCUGCAAGGCCACACGCUUCCCCGACGCGUGCCAAGCCUCCCUGGGCAAGCUCGUCACUGACCCAAACGCCACCCCUCUCGAGACUAUUCAUUUCGCCGUCAAGGUCUCUGAUGACGGCCUCAAGACCGCGCAGGGCAUGGUCCACACUAUCCUGGACUCGUCUGCGGGGAACAUAAACCGCACCACCGCCGCGAAAAACUGCCUCGACGUCCUCGCCAACUCCCGGUACCGAAUUUCUCUCACCACCGGUGGAUUGUCAAGUGGUCGCGUUAAAAACGCACGUGCCUCCAUGAGUGCCGCGUUGCUCUACCAAUACGACUGCUGGUCGGCUCUCAAGUACGCAAACGACACCCAGAUGGUCAACAAGACGAUGUCGUUUCUCGACUCGCUGAUCGGAAAAUCCAGCAACGCGCUCGGCAUGAUUUGGUCGUACGACAACUUCGGAAAUGACACUAAGAAGUGGGGGCCGCCGAAAACCGAGCGGGACGGGUUCUGGGAGCCGGUCAUGGGCGGAGGGUCCGACCAGGGAUUUCGGGGCGGGAUUCCGUCGGGUUUAAAGGCGGACGUGACGGUGUGCAAGGGGAAUUCGUGUGAUUACAAGACGGUGCAGGAGGCGGUGAAUGCCGCGCCGGAUAACGCGGGAGAUAAGAGGUUCGUGAUUGGGAUAAAGGCUGGGGUUUACGAGGAGACCGUGGGGGUGCCCCUAGAGAAGCGGAACGUGGUAUUCUUGGGUGACGGGAUGGGCAAAACGGUCAUUACCGGGUCGUUGAAUGUGGGCCAGCCCGGAAUAUCCACCUACAACACUGCCACCGUCGGAGUUAGUGGUGAUGGGUUCAUGGCGAGUGGUCUCACAGUCCAGAACACAGCAGGUCCCGACGCCCACCAAGCAGUUGCUUUCAGAUCAGACAGCGACCUCUCCGUAAUCGAAAACUGCGAAUUCAUAGGCAAUCAGGACACUCUCUAUGCUCAUGCCAACCGCCAAUUCUACAAGUCGUGCACCAUCCAAGGCAAUGUGGAUUUCAUCUUCGGAAACUCUGCCUCCAUCUUCCAGGACUGCACCAUCCUUGUUCGUCCUAGACAGCUCGAACCCGAGAAGGGCGAAAACAAUGCAGUCACAGCCCAUGGAAGAACAGACCCCGGGCAGUCAACGGGCUUUGUAUUUGAAAACUGCUUGAUCAAUGGCACGGAAGAAUACAUGAAGUUGUAUCGGAGCAAGCCGCAGGUGCACAAGAACUACUUGGGGAGGCCGUGGAAGGAGUACUCGAGGACGGUUUUCAUAAACUCGAGUAUGGAAGCUCUUGUUGCACCGCAAGGGUGGAUGCCUUGGGAUGGGGAUUUCGCUUUGAACACCCUUUUCUACGGAGAAUUCGGGAAUUCCGGCGCGGGUUCUGAUUUGUCCCAGAGAGUGAAAUGGAGCAGCAAGAUCCCACCCGAGCAUGUUAAUACGUAUUCUCUGCAGAAUUUUAUCCAGGGAGAUGAGUGGAUUAAAACAUGAAAUAUUAGCGGGAUUUUAAAUUAUUCCCCUUUUAGUAAGAAAAUACUAAUUAGCGAGUGGAGUAGGAACUCAAGACAUUACGUUGCAUGAAUCAAUUAAAGAAGGAAAAAUCAAUUUUGCUUCA